GGAAGGAACCAUUGGGAAAAACAAAUCUUCAAGCAGUCCAAGCAAAAACCUUCUAAAAGAUCUAGCAGCCAAGGCUGCUCCUGACCUGGGGACAUGUACCACAACCCUCUCAUCUACUGUACCUGCUGGGACCCCUGGAACUUGGGACCACGGAAGCUAAUCAAGACCCUUCAGCCACCAAACAAGGCCCCUACCAGGAAGUCCAAGUUAACUCCUCUUCUACCGGCUACAAAAGAACAGAAUUACCUCCAAUCCCAACCAUCAACAAAACCUGUUGAUGUCCCAAAAGUGAAAACCAACGUAGGAAGGCAAGAGGAGGGUUGUAAGUCACCUUAUGAAGUGAUCAAUGUGUCACCUGGCUAUCAACUUGCCCGGAAUCGGGAACAGAUUUCUGUCACCUUGGGGGAUGAAAUGUUUGGUAGGAAAAAGCGGUUGGAAUCUGAGAUGAUGGACAAAUUCAACAUGUCCAGGACCAAUAUAAUUAGUGACCUUGAAGAGCAGAUCUCAGAGCUGACAGCAUUAAUAGAACAGAUGAACAGAGAUCACCAGGCUGACCAGAAAUUGCUUUUUAAUGAAAUGGAACUCCAGUGUGCUGAGAUGAAACAGAACUUUGAAAACAAGAACAGGGAGCUCAGAAAGGCUCACAGAACAGAGCUCAGUGAGUUAGAGAACAAGUACAAAGAAGCGUUGAAGGCAGAGAAGGCAGCUUCCCGGGGAAAACUAGAGGAGAUGGAAAAGGAGUAUAAGUAUUUGAAGAAUAUGUUUCAUAUGUAUCAGGACAGCAUUUAUGAUGAAAUAGAAGAAAAAUGGUCAAAGCGGAAAGCAGAAUGGGAGAAGGAUGAGAAGUUGGAGAGGGAAAAGAUCCUGCUGCAACAGAAACACAAGAUGACAAAAAAGUUCGAGUUAGAGUCAGAAGAAGAAAAAAAGAAAAUAACUGAAUCCUACAGUGCUUCUGUUGAGAACCUCAUUAGCGAGAAGGAGGAGCUCUUGAAACAACAUGAAAGCGACACCCUGCAAUUACAGGAGCUGAGUAAGACCAAAGCGAUCAUGGAGGAAGAGUUGCACGCACAAGCUAUUAUUCUAGAGUCGCUUAACGCGCACCUCUACCAAACACAGAUGGAACUCCAGAAAGAGAAAGCCACAGUGGGAAAUCUUGAGAAGAUGUUCCAGAUCAAGCUUGCUGAAGCUAAUGAAAAGCAUAAGCACACCAUAGAGAGCCUGACAGAGGAAAACCUUCUUCUAAGGCAAAAGAUUGCCAAGAAUGGAGAAGAAGUUUAUGAAAGACAAUCUGGAACCUUGCCCUCUUUAGCCAGUUAUGAGUAUAAUUAUGAUUAUGACAUUGAAUAUGGCAACAAAAAACAAGAAUCAUAAACAAAAAGUUGUUCUCCUUGUCCAAAGAUGGUAGGAACACCAUCCCUAAAGCCUAUGGAACUCCUGGGGGUGGGGUGGGCGGAGAGGGUUUCUUGAGAAAAUGCAUAUGAUUAGUUGAGUUCUUGGGUUGUUCUGACUAUGUUUUUGUCUUUUCACAAUUUGCUUUUUUUCUGAAUGGGAAUGUUUAAAUUCUCAAUAGCAGAGCUUCUCAUCGACUCUUCAUUAAAAAUAGAUGUUCUCUAUCCUGAA